AUGGGCCGCGUUAUAAGGGGUCAGAGGAAGGGGCGAGGGUCAAUCUUUAAGGCGCACGUCCACAAGCGUAAGGGCCCGGUUAAGCUGAGGAAGUUGGAUUAUGCAGAGAGACAUGGGUACAUAAGGGGCGUGGUGAAGGACAUUUACCAUGAUCCCGGAAGGGGGGCUCCAGUGGCCGAGAUUGCGUUUAGGAAGGUGUACAAAUUUGGCCUGGAGAAGGAGAAGGUCGUUGCGAUCGAGGGUAUGCACACUGGUCAAUUCGUCUACUGCGGAAAGAAUGCAAGUAUCAACAUAGGAAACGUGCUACCUCUCUCUAGCAUGCCGGAGGGCUCAGUCGUUAGCAGCUUGGAGAACAAGCCCGGGGAUCGCGGCAAACUGGCCCGCACUUCUGGCGCGUACGCUACAAUCAUCAGCCACUCGGAAGAUGGAAAGAGCACUCGCGUUCGCCUUCCUUCCGGCGCGAGAAAGACCCUGAAGUCUUCUACCCGUGCGGUGAUCGGCGUUGUCGCCGGCGGCGGCAGGAUCGACAAACCCAUACUUAAGGCCGGUGUCGCUUACCAUAAGUACAAGGCCAAGCGAAAUUGCUGGCCCAGGGUAAGGGGCGUUGCUAUGAACCCUGUGGAGCAUCCUCACGGUGGCGGUAACCACCAGCACAUAGGCCACCCGUCAACCGUCGGUAGAUCUGCCCCUCCUGGUCAAAAGGUCGGCCUCAUUGCUGCUAGGCGCACUGGACUCAUUAGGGGAGGAAAAAAAUCCACUACCAAAGACACAUAG